AUGUCUGAACGCGAGGUUGGAACCGUUAAGUGGUGGAACGACGAGAAGGGUUACGGCUUCAUCACCCCCGAGAGCGGCGCCGAUCUGUUCGUGCACUUCCGCGCGAUUGAGAGCCACGGCUUCAAGUCUCUCAAGGAUGGACAGAAGGUCUCCUUUGAGAUCGUCCAGGGGCAAAAGGGCCUCCAGGCGGAGAAGGUUCGGGUUGAAACUGAAGAGUGA